GAAGUGAUGAUUUUUGUCCUCGUGAAUCAGCUGAUCAGGAAAUUCGCUGAAAGUUGCAAACACGAUGUGUUGACCACAAGCAGCUAAAAUCACAUUUUAACAAUGGCUAAGUUAAAAGCGGAACCACUGGAUAAUGCCAGCGAUCUUUAACUCUGUUUAACGGAUUAGUUGGAGCUCAUGUUGUUUUGUUUUGCAGUAAGAAGGACUCAAAUAGCUGCAUCAUAGGACAUCUGUUCAAAAUUGCCUAGUGAAGCUACAGCAUGGAUCCCUUGGGAGCUCGUUCCCAGUUUGUGGAGGUCCAGAACCUCCCCACAUGGGACCAGCCUCAGGGAGUCCAGGAUGAGGUGGACGGAGAAAACCUCUUAAUGGAGGAAGAUGACCAGCUCACCAAUCAGCUCAAUUCUUUAGAGUCCCCUUUCCCCUUCAGACAAGACAUCAACAGCAAGAUUGUACUAUUUAAUGGAGAUGUGGCACUUUUAAACUGCACCGCAAUCAUCAAUACAAGUAAUGAGACACUAACAGACAAGAAUCCUGUAUCAGACAGUAUCCACAGAUACUCCGGCCCUGAACUAAGGGAUGAAUUACUCAAACUGAAAGGAUGUCGGACCGGUGAGGCAAAAAUGACAGAGGGUUUCAACUUGGCUGCACGCUUUAUCAUUCACACAGUUGGACCCAAAUAUAAAGCCAAGUACCGGACAGCUGCGGAGAGUUCUCUUUACAGCUGUUACAGAAACGUCAUGCAGUUUGCCAAGGAACAUGCCAUGGCAUCUGUGGGGUUUUGUGUGGUCAACACGGUCAAAAGGGCAUAUCCACUGGAGGACGCCACACAUAUAGCAUUAAGGACUGUUCGUAGAUUUUUGGAGAACCAUGGUGAAAACAUUGAGACGGUGGUGUUUGCUGUUUCGGAUGUUGAGGAGCCAGUGUACAGGAAGUUAAUGCCUUUGUAUUACCCACGUUCAAAAAAAGAAGAGAGGAUUGGUCUGCCUCUCCUCCCUGCUGACAUUGGCAAUGCUGAGGGGGAGCCCGUGGUCCUGGAGAGACAGAUCCGCAUUGCCGAAAAGCCAGGAAAUCUAGAGGAUGACUCUGGGGAUGACUCAUUAGAGUCCGACCUGGGGCUGGUAGGAAGCCACGCGUUUGCUCGUAUGGAAGGGGAUGUGGAUAAGCAACGUAAACUCAUCCUUCAGGGCCAAAUGUCUGAAGCAGCCCAACAGAAACAGCACCAAAGGAACUAUAACCGCUGGCUUUGCAGAGCUCGAGCAGAGGACCUUUCAGACAUAGCAGCAUUAAAGGCACUAUAUCAGACCGGUGUUGAUUUGUGUGGUAGGACGGUCAUGGUUGUUGUUGGCAGGAAUAUUCCAGUUACACUUAUUGAUAUGGAGAAGGCUUUGCUGUAUUUCAUCCACGUGAUGGACCAUAUCACGGUGAAGGAGUAUGUGAUGGUGUAUUUCCACACACUCACCGGUGAACACAACCACCUGGACACCGACUUCCUCAAGAAGCUUUAUGAUAUUGUGGAUGCCAAGUUUAAGAAAAACCUGAGGGCUUUCUACUUCGUUCACCCGACGUUCCGCUCCAAGGUCUCUACUUGGUUCUUCACAACGUUCAGUGUAUCAGGCCUUAAAGAGAAGGUCCAUCACAUAGAGAACCUACAGCAGCUCUUCACCUGCAUCCUACCUGAGCAGAUUGACAUCCCUCCUUUCGUCCUGGAGUAUGACACACGGGUUAACAGCCCCUAUUACACGCCUCAGUCCUCAGGCCUGUGAUGCUGUCAGAUAAACCCAGAAGUGAGGAAAGAACCUGCUUUCUCUCCGGGCUGACACUCAACCCGAUGACCUGACUCUGAGCUCUCAUCUUUGCUGUUCCUGACUGGCAAGUUUUCUCUGUGACAGUGAGAGAGUGUCAAUCAAUAAUGCUGUAUAAACACAUCCUGCUUAAACCUGCUGAACGUGCCACAGACCUGUACCAAACCCAGAUGUCACCGAAGGAACCGCCUGCCUGACCCAAGCUGUUUUUGAGCAAGGUAUGCGUGUGUGGUGUAGAUGAAGAGACUAAAUGUGAAACACAUGUACCAGUGUCUGCGUGAAUAAUGGCUUUAAAUAGCCAAAACCAUUCUGGUUUUAAUUUCUUAAGUCCUUGGCCAUUCAAUCAUCCGAAAGCCUCAUAUUUUGCUUUCUAAGCUGUUUUGUUGUUUCAUGUCAUUCUGUGUCUGCAAAGUCACUAAAAGGAGCAGCGCUUUACUUUUAUCUUGAUUCUCUCUUUUUUUUUUCUCACCACAAGCACUUUUACAGCUUUAUCUCAGGUGCCAAACAACUAUCACUACAGUUUCUUAGGUUUGACAGGAAGCAACUUUUUUUGUGUGUGUGUGAUGGAUGUGCUUUCACAAAGAUUGCUUUGUGC